CAUGUAUGUGUGCCAUCAUGGCGAAGUCCAGACUGGAACUUAAUUUUGUGCGACUGCUGUCUCGCUGUGAAGCCAUGGCAUCCGAAAAGAGGCAGGAAGGGGAGUGGAGGCUGGAGAAGUUUGUUGGAGCCCUGGAAAAGAUGCUCCUCUUAAUAAAAGAAGACACCAGUAAGCCUGCUCCAGAACUGUUAAUAGAAUAUUCCAGAAAAGUGGACUUCCUGAAAGGAUUGUUAGAAGCUGAAAAGCUGUCUUCAUCCACUGAAAAAGCUCUGGCCAAUCAGUUCCUGGCUCCAGGACGCACACCCACAAUUAAUAAAGAACGGACCCCUGUAACCAAGACUGUUCAUCUGCAGACCCAAGCACGCUGCACUGGAGAGAUGAGGGAUGAGCUGCUUGGCAAGACAUCUCUCUCCCCUAAUGACUCGGGCGAUUUCUAUCCAAGGAAAAGGAAGGGUUCUACAUCUGAUGACAAGCAGUCGGCAGCAGAACUUGAUGCUGUACUUAAACACCAUCACAAUAUGCAGGAGAAACUGGCUGAAGAGAUGCUACGACUGACCCAGAACCUUAAAAAUAAUACGCUGGCAGCACAAAGUGUAAUAAAGCAGGACAACCAGACACUGUCCCAGUCGAUGAAGUUUGCUGACCAAAACUUUGAAAAGCUGAAAACUGAAUCAGACCGACUAGAACAGCAUGCCAAGAAAUCCGUUAACUGGCUCCUCUGGAUCAUGCUUAUUUUUGUAUGCUUUACUUUUAUUAGCAUGAUCCUCUUUAUCAGAAUAUUUCCCAAGCUUCGAUGACACCUCGUGGUCAAUCUGUUUGUCUAGUAUACACAACUACAAUAUUGCCUAAUUGUGCAUAACACAGUACUCCAAAAACAGACAUACAAAAACUAUCUCAUGGUGGGAAUAAGUGACAUUAUAUGUGCCAGAAUAAUGAUCAGAAAAGCUACAUGGAAUAGGUCUUAUGAAAGACUCAUUGAAUCCUUGUGCUUUUAACACUCUCACACACCAGGGUUUUUUUGUUUUGUUUUGUUUUUUAUAGAAGUACCUGACAUGGCUUUUAGUUUUGAUUUAUUUAUAAACGUAUAAUUUUGUAAAUGAUUGGAAGCUUGUCUAGAGGUUCAGAAGGUAAAAACAAAUGUAGCACAGUUUAUAUUGUUAUAUAAUAUGUUAAUAAUGUAUAAUCCUUGCAUUUCUGGACUUAUAUUUGGAAAUUUAUUAUAAAGAAUGCUACAUGGUAGCCAAAUUAUUUUCCAUGUUCUUCUCUAAAGCAGGAAUAGUGAAGAAGUGCGCAUAUACUUAAUUAACUAGAGCUCCCCUGGUCCUCCUUAAUCCUUAUGGCUCUCUAAAUGCCAACUUCAACACAGAAUAUUGAAAUGCAUUUCAAGUUAUACUUAUACAUCUGAGCAUUUUCCCCACAAGCAAACCUUAUUAUUCCAUCGGCCAAGCCACGUGCUCUCCGAUAACCUCUUUGUUAGUGGAGUGGCUGAUCAUGUUCUGAUAUAUGGAUUAGUAAGAUGCACUCAAACCCACAAAGCAUGACCCUUUUCCCAAAUGACUGCAAACUACUGUAAGGGGAGAUGAUGAAAAUAUAAGAACUAUAAACUACA